AACAACUUUUAUUUAUCUAAUCUUCCAUAUAAUUAAUAAAGAAAAUAUGCAGAGUUUUUCUCUGUCUAGGAAAAGAUGCAUUUGACUUUCUAUCUCUUAAAAACGCCCACAAAAACCAAGGCAUUCAUUCAUUCAGCCUCCCUAGUCCCUAAUACUUAGCCACAUCUAUUGCAUGCUCUCUCCUCUCCUCUCAUCUCCUCCUUAUUCUCUCCCUUCAUUCUCCAUAUAUUAUCAUAGUCCCAAACUCUCUCUCUCACACACACACAAUAAGUCCACCCUAAACAACCACCAUGGCAGUUGAAGCUAGUUACAUGAAUCUCUUGCCUUCUCAGUUACUCACUAACAGAGAAACCAUCAAAUCCAAUCAACAAUUACAGCAUCAAUUGAACUCUGAUUACAUGUACAACACUACCCAGAUGGAUUCUUCUUCAGCUUUGCCUCUACCAGCAGCAACAAUGCCUGAAUCACUCUUGUCCUUCUAUCAAUCCAACUUUUGUGAUCCAAACAAGGCAGAUAGUGGUCUCACCUACCAUAUUCCUCUCCAGAGAAAACGUUCAAGAGAUUUCACCACCGAGUUAACCUCUCUCCCAGCUCACCAGAAGAACAAAAUCUCCUCUGAGUCUUCCUUUCUCAACCAAGAGAUUCUCUACCAAUUUCAGAACCAACAAUCAGAAAUUGAUCGAGUCCUUGCUCAUCAUACUGAGAAAGUGAGAAUGGAGUUGGAGGAACAAAGAAUGAGGCAAUCAAGGAUGUUGGUGAGCGCAAUCCAAGAGGCAAUGGUGAAUAAGCUGAAGGAAAAAGACGAAGAGAUUCAGCGUAUGGAGAAGCUGAAUUGGGCCCUUCAAGAAAGAGUCAAAAGCAUGUGCAUGGAGAACCAAAUUUGGAGGGAAUUGGCACAAACAAACGAAGCCACAGCCAACUACCUAAGAAGCAAUUUGGAACAAGUCUUGGCACAUGUCGGCGAGGAACGCGCCACCGCGGCCGAGGUGGCCGAUGAUGCUCAAUCUAGCUGUGGCAGCAAUGAUGCGGCAGACGCCGGAGACGACACGGCGGCAUCCACGGUGGCGACCGGUCGUGGUAGGUUGUGUAAGAACUGUGGGGUGAGGGAGUCAGUGGUGUUGUUGUUGCCAUGCAGGCAUCUUUGCCUUUGCACAAUGUGUGGGACCACAAUAAGGAAUUGCCCUAUUUGUGACUCUGGCAUGGAUGCUAGUGUGCAUGUUAAUCUCUCUUAGUACAACUUUUGUUUUUUUUACAUAGGUUUUUAUUGUAGAGUUUACAACAACAGAAACUAGAAAGAAAAAAAAUAUCUUGUCGAAAAGACAGAUAGAAGAAAAAAAAUAGAAUUUGGAAUUCUUUUGUUCGUA